AUGGUGCACAGAGUCGUUUUCUGGUCAGGCUUCGGCGUCGCCGUCAACAUCUGGCGACUCGGCCUGGAGAUGCGCCCGUUCUUCAACAGAGGCUCUCUUUGGACCUACCCAGUCUUCGCCUCAGUUGGCGCAAGCUUUGGAUAUUGGCUACAGGGUGUCGACGACCGACAAGCGGCAGUUCUAGCAGAGCGCAAGCGAAGUAUCAUCGAGAAGAGGGCUAGAAAGGCGGCACGGGAAGCCGAAAACAACGGGGUAGCCGCAUAA